AUGUACAAUGACGACGAGCUUAUGGACAUUGAUGGUCCUGAAUUUCUUAGUGAAGUGAACAACCAAAUCGCUGCUAUUCGUUCGACUGCGAGUACCGCAUCGAAUCAGACCCAUGCACCAAGCGAGUCGAGCAAUGACGAUUUGAGUGCCUAUUAUCACUAUUAUAGACACGGCAUGCAGGGUUCACCUGUUGCACAGGAUUACAUGCCCGAACCUUUUAUGCAGGUGGCCAUCCUAGAUACCAAUUUUCUUAUUUCCAACCUUGCUUAUUUACGGACAUUGACAUCUCAAGCAGCCAAGUAUCAUGGAAGUCUCGUUUUGGUGGUACCAUGGAUCGUCGUAAAGGAGUUGGAUGGAUUGAAGGGCAUGAAUCAUCAACAAAUUACACGUGGCGAUUUGGGUGAUCUUGCUCGUAAAGCAAUGAAAUUUAUUGAAGGCGCUCUUCGUGAAAGGAAACCAUGGUUACGAGGUCAAAAGAGUUACGAGAUCUAUGAUGAAAAUGCAAAGUUGUCCAAGGGUGAUGAUUCCAUUCUUGAUUGUUGUCUGUUCUUUCACAAUCGCAUGGGCAAGCGGGUGACGUUACUGACCAAUGAUCGUAAUCUGGCGAUUCAAGCAAUGAUUCAUGAUGUGCGAUCCUUAUCAGCCGAGAACAAGGUAGAUCUUGCUGAUUUCACACAGUCACUCUCAAAGGGUCAGGUGGCAGCUCCUCAUGAGACGAUGGAAUCCUUGGGCAUGGAUGUGGAUCCUGGACUUGCAGCAGCAGCAACUCGCUAUGUUCAACCCACCACGACGAGUCAUUACCUUGUUUCCGGUGGGCCUGUGAUCGAUGAGGAUGUGGAUAUGGACAUGGAUUAUGAUGAGGAACCGGCACCAGCAGCGACAACACAAACACCAGCGAUAUCGUCACAUAACGGCAGCAGCAAGAACUCGACCACAAACGACAGCAUCUACGCCUCACGUUAUGCACAUGAUUAUGGACCCGUCAAUUAUGUAGGAAAAAAGCAACAACCAUACAACCAUUCACGUUACAGCAAUGACUCUUUGACUUCAACACCUCUUCCACGAGACAAGUAUGGAGAAGAACUCAAACCACCAUCAUCAAGUGCAGGCCGUCUUGAAGAACAACGACGUAACAAGCAACAACAACAACAUCAUCAUCCUCAUCAGCAAUACAAUCAUGCAAGGUAUUCCAGGGAUGGUACAAUCUGGUCAUCAGCUUAUGCACCUCGAUGA